AUGAGACUCUGCCUCUCCACAGCCCUUCUUUUCCUCCUGGUUAUCCUGGUGGACAGCACCCCACUGAAUAUAUACCAUAUCCAGGAUGAAGGUCUGGAGACAAGCCAUAGAAGGGGACCCGAGAAACGUUCAGUAAUAGAUGUGGUUUCAGGUAUCAUCAACGGUGUGGCUACAGGUACCAAGAUUAUCGAGAAGGGAGCCGGAAUACUGACAGGAUUGGCUGAAAUAAUCACUAAAGCCAUUAAAGGUCAGGUGAUGAUUUCCAGAAUUCAAUUUGAUAACCAUACACUAGAGGAAUUGCCAACACUCCAGCUUGAAUACUCAACACUCAGUGAGGAGAAUAAUGGUCUGGAGACAAGCCACAGAAGGGGACUUGAGAAGCGUUCAGUAAUAGAUGUGGUUACAAGCAUCAUCAACGGUGUGGCUACAGGUACCAAGAUUAUUGAGAAGGGAGCCGGAAUACUGACAGGAUUGGCUGAAAUAAUCACUAAAGCCAUUAAAGGUCAGGUGAUGAUUUCUGGAAUACAAUUUGAUAACCAUACACUAGAGGAAUACCAAACACUCAAGAUUGAAUACUCAACGCUCACUGAGGAGAAUAAAGCCUCUAAGCCUGCCCUCUGCCUGGAGCCUAAAGUGACAGGUGACUGCAAUGCCACAAUGACCAGGUACUUCUACAACCCCCAGACUGGCCUCUGUGAGCAGUUUGUGUACAGUGGCUGUGAAGGGAAUGGAAACAACUUUGAAAAUUUAGAGGACUGCAUGAAGACCUGCUCUCAAGAGGCAGGGUCUCUGUGGUAA